AGCCUGCUGACAGGCCUUAUGUAUUACCGGCCUGAAGACCCCAUUAAUUACCUUGAGUUGUGUCUGCAAAAGGUUCGAGAUUUAGGGGGACCUGAAAAGGUGCAGUGGGACACGUUUCUGAGUCGCACAUUACCUCCAAUCAAUGGAGGCCAAGGAAAGAAGAACACGCACAAAUCCGAUGGGUCCCAACACAUGCGCCGCUAUGAGCGUCUUCCCCCCAUCCAAUCCCAGUUCUCCAUCGACAGUGAUUCUGAUAUGACAGAAUCUUCAGGGCUGAUUCAGGAAUACGACGUGUUCGAUCCAAACAGGGAGAGACCCAAAAUUAUUUUUGUAAUCGGCGGUCCAGGAAGUGGCAAAGGGACUCAGAGUACAAAGAUGGCGUCUCAUUUUGGCUUUAUCUGUAUAUCUGUCGGUGAGAUUCUGCGCAAACAGCUUAUUCACCACGCCAGCAGUGACCGCAAGUGGGAGCUGAUAGCUCAGAUCAUUUCUAAAGGAGAGCUUGCCCCUCAGGAAACAACAAUUGAGGAGCUGAAGCAGCAGUUUAUCAAUCAACAGGAUGCUCCGGGAUUUGUAGUUGAUGGGUUUCCCAGGGACAUUGGGCAGGCAUUCACAUUUGAGGAACAGAUUGGGACUCCAGACCUGGUGAUCUUCUUGGCGUGUUCCAGCCAGCGUCUACGACAGCGUUUAGAGAAGCGUUCUGCACAGCAGGGGCGGCCCGAUGAUAAUGCUCACGCCAUAGACAGACGACUGGAGACUUUUAAACAGAAUCUCCCUCUGAUUGUCAAAUAUUACCAGGAUAAAGGGCUGAUAGCCCGGUUUGAUGCAGACAGAGAGGAGGACUGUAUCUUUGAAGACAUUUGUUGUGCCGUACAGGGACUUCUUUUCCCCGAUGGUCUCGGAGUAGAAGAAUUUUGCCCUCAGAAUUUGAGGGCCUCCUUUUCAGAAGAUCCCAUUUCACCGAAGGAGUUGGAGCCUAAGGAGAAGGCUUACCUUGCAUCCUCCAGCUAUAACGAGUACACAGUUGCUACCACCACUCCGUCAAUGCCGCUGCCUUCUUCUGUUCUUUUUCCAGUCCGGCAUCUUCGUUAA